AUGGCGCAGAAACCGCUCAGCACCGCGGCGGCGGAGCGCAUGAACCUGGUGGCCCAGGACAAGAUCUGGAGAUACCGCCUGAAGGCUGAAACCGAAGCCCGGCAAAACUGGCCCCAGAAAUGGGGGUUUUUAACAACCCCCCUGGAGGAGUUGAUCAAGGGUGAAGAGGCCUGCACUCCAAAGCCUGAAGUCCGGCUUCCUGAGCACUUCUGCAUCCAGCCAGUGACUCCAGUGGAGAAAUACAUCAAGGUCCUUCCGUCCCCUCCAGUCCCACAGACAACACAGGGCUUCAUUGGCUGGCGGUCCGGGGUUCGCGGUCUGAACAAGAACCUGGAGCAUGACUCUGACAUCAGGAGUUGCAAAGGGGCCUACGCCCGGGAGCUGAGCUGGCCCAAGCAGGGCAUCUACUGA